CAGGCAGACUCAGCCCACGAGAGUUGAAAGUUGGCAUCUCUGUCUAUAACACAGCAGCUCAGCACUGGUUGCUAAAUGGCCUGUAUGGAUGGGAAGAAAUGCAGUGUGUGGAUGUUUUUACCUCUUGUCUUUACCCUGUUUACAUCAGCUGGAUUAUGGAUAGUGUACUUUAUAGCAGUGGAAGACAACAAAAUUCUCCCACUAAGUGUACCGAAUAGGAAACCUGGUUCCAAAAGACCACCUUAUAUAAGUAUUGCAGGUGAUGCACCUCCUGCAAGCUGUGUGUUUAGUCAAGUCAUGAACAUGGCAGCAUUUCUAGCACUUGUUGUGGCUGUCCUGCGCUUCAUUCAGCUGAAGCCAAAGGUGCUCACCCCUUGGCUGAACAUCAGCGGCUUGGUGGCACUGUGCUUGGCCUCUUUUGGGAUGACCCUACUCGGCAACUUUCAGCUUUCCAAUGAUGAGGAGAUCCACAACGUGGGCACAUCGCUGACCUUUGGCUUUGGGACGUUGGCGUGCUGGAUUCAGUCUGCCCUUACCCUCAAGAUCAACCUCAAGAAUGAGGGACGGAAAGCUGGGAUUCCACGAGUGGCUCUCUCAGCCAGCAUCACCCUCUGUGUGGUGCUCUAUUUCAUCCUUAUGUCCCAGGGCAUUCACAUGCAUGCUUCCAGGAUCCAGUGGAGCCUAGUGAUGUGCUUCCUGUGCUACUUUGGCACCUUUGCAGUGGAGUUCAGGCAUUACAGAUUUGAGAUAAUUUGUUCUGAGUAUCAGGAAAACUUUCUGAGCUUUUCUGAGAGCUUAUCAGAAGCCUCUGAAUACCAGACAGAUCAGGUGUAGCCUGUCCUUUGGCAGGGGGGGAGGGGGGCAGGUGUGGUCUCAUGGGUGAAACAUGACCUCAUUUACACUUUUUUUAUAAGUUUGUUUUCAUGUGUAAUCAUGAUGGUAUUGCCAAAGGGCUCUGAGGGUGGCUGUCUCACCAAGAGCCAAAACAAACAGAGGUGUCUGCUGGAAGAGGAGUGGAUCCAUCUCAGUAAGGGACCACCAGCUGCUUAGUUUGUGCCACCAGUGGCUCUUUCCGAGCAGCUCUGUCACACUGCUGUUGUUCACAGCAUUCAGCAGCCUGACCUUGGGACGCCCCACUGAGACUGGUCCUGCUCAGCCCACCCUGCAGAGAAGGAGGUGAAGGAAGCAGACUUCUUCAAACAGCAGGAGUCUUGAGGAGUCACCGGUUCCCAAGUCACCAGACGGCUUCUUCAGUGUGUUUCUCGGGUUGUUUUCUUUGCUUCCAACUGGGGGAGCUUGGUAGGGUGAGCAAGAGCAGCUGUUUGUUUCUUCAGAACCUGGACUCAGACAUGGAAGACCCCAGUGGACUGGCUUUUAUAGCAAGCAGGCAGGCAUUUCUUCCAGCCUGGAAAGCAGCUGAUGGUAAAUCUGGGUUUGGAAGGAGCUGUGCUGUGAUCAAGAAGUGAGACUUAGUUGAUGCUACCUUGUAUCCAGGCAGAUCAUCCCCAGGCCAGAGGGGAUGACACAGUGGGAUGCUGUUCUUGGCUUCCCGGUGGGGAGUGGUGGGAGUGAGGUGCUGAAUUAAGAUGAGAAUGUCUGUGUGCUCUGAAGGCAACCCAGAAAACGCUGCUGUUUCCAUGUGUAGUGCUUCCACCACACAUUGUGUAUAGUAUUUCAGAAGCUUUUAAAUA